GGUGUGAGAAUCCAGUUAAAUGUUUACAGAUCAAAGCCAAAGAGAAAGACAGACAAAGAGAGCACCAAGUGGAUUUAUAUUGCCAAUAAGGGAUGUAAGAGCUAGCAUUAGAGCUGGAUUCAUAUAUCCUUUAGUUGGUACAAUGAGUACAAUGCCAGGGCUUCCAACAAGGCCUUGCUUGUACGAUAUUGAUCUUGACACACUGCCACAUGGAAAGGUUAAACAUGGAUGAAGAAAAUUAAAUCUUGUUUUUCAAUCUUGGGCGGACAUUUUCCAUCAUUGUGGAGUCUAAUAAAAUAAUAAUUUAAUA